AUGGAUAAUAAUAAUAAUAAUAAUAAUCCAAAUAAUAAUAAUCCAAACAAUAAUCCAAAUAAUAAUAAUGAAAUAGUUUUAGAUAUUAAUAAUGAAAAUAAAUAUAUUUUUGGUUUAAAAUUUAAUUAUCCAAAAAAAGAAAAUAAUGUUAUUGUAAAAAGAAAAAGUGAUAAUAAAGAUAAAUUUAUAUGGAUAUUUUCAAAUGAAUACCCAAUUAAUUUAAGAGAUUAUAUUUCAAAAGAAGAUUUUAAAAAUGAUAUUAAAAUAGUAAAUGGAUUAAAUGGCUAUUUUAUAUUUAUAAUUGGUUUAUAUUCAUUUUGGGUGCUAUUUUUUUCAGUUAUGUUUAUGAUUGGAUUCAUUCCAAAAAUAAGUCCAGUUCUUUUGGGUUUAUUUGGUCCAUUUUUAUUUUUCUCAAUUUUAAGUUUAAUUUAUCAAUUAAAGUUUAAAAGACAUAAAACAUUUUUAAAUUAUUUAGAAGGAAGAAUUCGUCAUUUAAAUCAUAAAUAUAGAGAUAUUCAAAUAGUUUGGAAAUUAGAAAAAAAGAUUUUUAUAAAUUUUCAUAGAGAAAAGAAAUUAAAAGUUUGGAUUGAAAUUCAACUUCCAAAUUAUCCAAUAAAGAUUGUUCAAUCUUGUCCACAAUUUUCAAAUAUUCAAAUUUCAAUACCAAAUAAUUGA